AUGUUAGUUUAAGACGAUUCAGAUUUUUUCAUUAAGCCAAACUCUUACCUGAAAUUGUUAAAGUAAGGUAAACCUAAGACAACAGAGAUGUAGAGAAGGAAACCACAAAAUUUAAUAGGGAGUAAAAAAUAGAUGAAUAUAUUACAUUUCUCGAAGCCAAUGUUCUUAUUAUAAUUUCCUGAGGAGAUUAAGAGCAAUAGAAAUUUGAGUAAAUAUACUUGUAGGAGUUGGAAUGCUUAAUCCUAUACUCCAGAGAGGAAAAAGAUUUUAAUAACUUCACCUAAGGAAUCUCGUUUGGGAUAUAAGAUUUAAAGUAAUUAAGAUUAGGAAGUACCAUAUGAAGUGCAUAGUUAGAUGCCUACUUCUUAGAUCAAUCCGAAAUAUAUAAUAUAGUAGAAAUAAGGUUGUGGAUUGAGUAGACUUCCUAAUUUUAAAUUAUAAAUAAUCAAUCAAUUUCGAAAUCUUAGAUAAUAAAUGAUGAUGAAACAACAAUAAUGA